AUGAUAAAUAACAUAAUACCUCAGGAAGAUAACACUAGUGAGAUACUUAAGGCCGACAUACUUAAAUAUGGCUAUUUGAACAAACGAAAUAAACUCAGAAAAAACAAAACAAAUGUUAAUCCAGCCAAACGUCAAGAAUGGGCCAUUAGGUUCUUGGAAGAAGAACGAAAUAACUUGGCGACUGAUUUGUAUGCGAUGGAAUCCGAAGAAAAGGCAAAGGAAGAAAAUAAGUACAGGGCAAAAUUUAUAAAUUUGAUUCACGAGACUAAACUGACAAAAAUUGAGUUGAACGAACAGAGAAAAAUCGAGGCACAAGUGAACGAAGAGGUAAUCCUGUUGGAAGCUGAACUAGAAAAGCUUGUAAACAGAAAUAGAAAGGCGAUUGACGACGUUCCGACAUUAACCACUAAUACUGCAAACAACGAAUACAACAGGUUACUUUAUGAACAAAACCAACUGAAAAUGCAAGUGGAAAUGUUGCUUAAGCAGUGGCAACAAAUACAAAACACUUACAAUUCGCACAUGAAUAAGUUGAACAAAGGAAAAGAAAUAGCAUCUGUUCUUAGUGAACAAGUAGCGAGGACUUACACAUUGAGAAAUGAAGCGAAGGAAAGGUUGGAGACAUAUUUAAAAACAAGUAAAGCACAAAAUAGUGAUUAUAAAAAUCAUAUAACGUCACUCAGUCGGCAGGCGAACGAAGAUUUAAGAAUGACUAAUUUUCUUUCGGAAAAGCUAAAAUUAAGAUAUAAUAAAGAAAUUGAAAAACCAAUCAAAGAGAAUAAAGAAAUGUUAGCGUUAAAUGUCGAAGCAGAAACAUUUAUUAAACAUUUAAUUUACAUUGCUGAAGAAACAAACUUGGAAACAAUCAUGCAACAAAUAGUUAAAAUGGACCUUGAUAAUAAUUCCAUGUUUAGGUUUUUGUUGGAAAUAGAAUCGUAUUUGGCAAAAGCGGAAAACGCGAUCGAAGAGACACGCAUAAUCGUGACAGAAAGAAAGCGCGAGCUGUGUGACGCGCAGGCGUCAAAAGCGGAGAAGUUUGCGAACGCCGUAAGGACGUUCAAAGCCGGGCGGGCGCCGUUGCGGGAGGCGCGCAGGACGUUGCGGCUGAUGGCGGACGAAUGGCGGCAGACGUGCCAGACGGUGGACGACGCGUGCGAACUGAUGAUGGGCUCGGACAACCAGAGGCCAUCGUACCGUCUACUGGUGCGUGACGACAACGUCGACGGUGGCGGUGACGGAGACGACUGCGAAGAAGAAGAAAAAGAAGAAGAUGAAGACGAAGACGAUGAUGAUGAAGCCGACGAAAGCGACGGUGGCGGUCGUCAGCGCCGUCGUCACCACCGUCGCCGACGACGCCGCAACCGCCGCCGCAAACGGCUGCGCGACGGCUCGCUAUCGCCGACCGCCAUACUGCCCGAGUUGAUAGAGUACUUCGAACCGAUGGACAGGCGACUGGACGACGUACUUCAACGGGUGUUCUGGAUACAAAACAAUUACAUCGACGAGGACGACGGGCCGAGACAGCAGCAGGAGGUGGCCGCCGGUGAUUCGAUGUCCACCACGUCCGAGCAGGAAGACGAGUUCCUGUCCCGCGAUCUGGACGGCACCGUGAACAGACAUGCGAAAAUCAUCGCCGCCCUCGAUCCGACCACCGUGACUCCCAAAAACGAACCACCGGUGCGGGACGCUAAUCAAGUGCCUUCGCUCUGUCCGAGGUGUUUAGAAAAACGUUACGAAGAAGAAAACCAAUGGGUGUUGAAAUAUAUCGAUAAGACCCAAGGAGGCAGUGAUACACCACCGAACGCAUUACAUGUAUGCCAAAGUAACAAUGUCAGCAUCAAAGAUGUUAAUGACGAAGAGUUCAAGAAAUACUUUCACCGAACUUUGGAUUGUCCUCUAUAUACUUCUGUAAAGUACCACACCAAUUAA